AUGUUGGUCAUUGCCAUCUCAGCAUUUUCCAUCAUAUUCAACACCUUUCUUGCAAAGAAGCUUCCUUUGGUAGAAGCUUUAUUGCUUCUGCUUCACGUCAUCGGUAUAAUUGCGAUAAUCGUGCCACUUGUGGUGCUGGCUCCCCGCAGCAGUGCCGAGUCCGUCUUCCUCGAAUUCAACAAUGGCGGGGAAUGGAGCAGUGCAGGGGUUGCAGUGAUGGUUGGGCUCCCUGGAGCGAUUGCUUCUAUGAUAGGCUACGACUGUGCAGUACACAUGGCCGAAGAAAUUAAAGAUGCUUCAAAGACGCUUCCGCAGGCUAUGAUGAGUGCCGUUGCCGUGAACUUUUGUUUAGGACUGGCCAUAAUUCUCACCGUAUGCUUUGCUAUCGGCGAUAUUAAAGAGGUUCUCGCUACUCCUACCGGUUUCCCAUUCAUCCAAAUUUUCUUUAAUACCACCCAAAACUAUGCUGCCACGAAUGCAAUGACCGCGAUUGUCAUUAUUACUUUGGUUGCAAGCACUAUCACCGAAGUAGCAACCGCCUCUAGGCAGACUUGGUCGUUUGCCCGGGAUAGAGGGGUUCCGUUUGCAGAUUUUCUCUCACACGUAUCCCCGGGGUGGAACAUUCCCCUAAAUUCCGUCAUAGUCUCCCUAGUCGUGACUAUUCUACUAUCCAUCAUCAACAUUGGCUCAACUACCGCCCUGAAUGCCAUCACCUCCUUAACAGUCGCGUCACUAAUGAGUGCGUACUUGAUCUCCAUCGGCUGCGUGCUACUCAAACGUGUACGCGGCGAACCACUCCCUUCCCGCCGAUGGUCCCUUGGCAGAUAUGGAGCACUGAUAAACGCGGUGGCCAUGCUCUUCCUUCUCCCAAUAUUUAUUUUUUCUUUCUUCCCGCUGGUCAAGGACGUAAAUGCAACGACUAUGAACUGGAGUUCGGUCAUCUACGUGGGAGUGAUUUCGUUUGCGACCGUUUACUACUUCGUCUAUGGCAGGCACCACUACGUGCCACCAAACGCCCUUGUGAGAAGGCCUUUCAAGCCGUGA